CCGGUCUCGCCGCUCUCCCUCACCGCUCGCACACAUCUUCCAUUCUCACACCUGCAGAAUGCAUAUGGUGGAAUGCAUGGAGGUGCAGUUGGGGCUGUUGCUGAGAGGGUUGCCAUUGCUUGUGCUAGAACAGUAGUUGGAGACGACAAAGAUCUCUUCCUUGGAGAACUUGGCCUCUCAUAUCUCUCUGCUGCUCCACAUAAUACAACAAAGAGCUAGGCCCAUAAUUAUUGAUCGUGGACUGCAUCUCUCAAAGAAAUCUGGUGUUUUCAGGGCCAAAGAAAUCCGGUGUUUUCAGAUUAUUCACUGUUAUAUAAUUGUAGAAAUGAGAGGGUCAUCAUUGGGACGCUCAACUACAUACUCCGAUGACUCACGGCCACUUGGUUCUUUAGAGUUGGUGGACGAGAAUAGUGACGAGGAGUAUUCAACCGCUGCUAACGUUGAAGUAGAAGGUAGAGAUGCAGCCACUAAAAAUGCUAAAAAUUCAAAAAAAGAUGGAUAUAAGAGGGACGCAAGAGGCCGGAUAUAUGUACAACUUAGGGAUGGAACAUUGCGUCCGACUGGUGUAGUAGCCAACAUAUGCAAUAAGGCUUUCAAGCACAUAGUUGAUCCGGGAGGAUACAGCCAGGCAAAGCUUUCGGAGGAAUAUAUUAACCAUUAUUGGAAAGAAUUUGAGAAAGAUGCCAACUGCGAAGCUUAUGAUCAAGUGGAAUGCAAGAAAGCUUUUCACAGUCAGUGCAAAGCUAGGUACGGUGAUUACAUUGGUUAUAAAAGAAAGACAAUGAAGAAACCGGCCUAUUUCACGGAUGCCCAGUGGACGACAUACACCGAUGCCUGGCAGCUUCCUGAGAAUAUUAAGGUUUCUGAGAGGUGCUCGAGAAAUCGUAGACAAGGGCGUGCGAAGGCCUUUGGAACACAUUGUAAUGGUUGUAUUCCAUUUGAAGAGACAGUUGAAAUAAUGACAGAGGAAAAUGACGGGAUAAUGCCUCCAUUUGUAGAUAUCUUUGGUAGGACUCACACAUUCAAAACAAAAGAUUCACAAGGCCUGGUUUCUGAACGCGCAACACAGAUUCGUGAUGAUGUUAGGACAAGGGCAGAAGAAUUAAGAGCCGAAGGGGUUGAGAAUCCGGAUUUAGAUGCCAUUUUCUUGGAGCGUCAUGGGAAGGUGAAGAAGAGAAAGCAGAUUCCUGGGGCAGGAAGUGCAACAAAAUUAUACUUCCCAUCAGCUACAUCAGCAUAUGCAUCUGUACGCUCGACCGACAUCGAUCCUAGCAAGAUGGACGAGCUGAUCGAGCAACGAAGAACUUAAAGAAGAGCGGGAGAAAAUGCAUGCCGAGAUGAAUGAGAGAGAGAGAAAAAUUAAGGAAGCGAAUGAUAUGAAUAUGGAAAUGAUGAAGGAGCAGAUGAAAGAGCAGAUGAAAGAAGAGAUGAGGAGCUUGUUCAGUGAAAAAUUUGGUUAAAUAUAGAUUUAGACUUGCAUUUUGAAUUGAUCAACUUUGAGAAUUUUGGUGAAAUAUAGAUUUAGACUUGCAUUUUGAAUUGAUCAACUUUGUGAAACAAUUGAAUUCUUGUAAUCCAUUGGGCU